AUUUUCACCUCAUGUUACUUGCCUUCUUCAGGAAGGAGGUGUAUCUAUCCUAAAGUUUAAUAAUGACAAAGGAAGAAACGGAGACAGUCGUUCUGCUAGGCCUGCAUCAGUGCAACGUGCAUUAUCUAUUCUUGAGAUGGAGGUUGAACAAAUAAAUAAGGGAAAAUACAAGCAUUAUAUGCAGAAAGAAAUUCAUGAACAGCCAGAAUCUCUAACAACUACCAUGAGAGGAAGGCUUCUACGUGGAGGUUCCUGCAAGGCUAAGACUGUUCUUUUGGGUGGACUGAAGGAUCACCUUAAAACAAUUAGGCGAAGCCGAAGGAUUGUAUUUAUUGGUUGUGGUACAAGUUACAAUGCUGCUUUAGCUGCUAGACCCAUCAUGGAAGAACUAUCUGGGGUACCUGUUACAAUGGAAAUUGCUAGUGAUCUGUUGGAUCGGCAAGGUCUUAUAUACAGAGAGGAUACAGUAGUUUUUGUUAGUCAAUCUGGUGAAACAGCUGAUACAUUGCUAGCUCUGGAAUAUGCUUUGGAGAAUGGUGCGUUAUGUGUUGGCAUCACGAAUACUGUUGGAAGUGUAAUAGCUCGGAAUACACACUGUGGUGUUCAUAUAAAUGCUGGUUGUGAAAUUGGUGUAGCCAGUACCAAGGCAUAUACGAGUCAAAUAAUGGUGAUGGCCAUGUUAGCUUUGGCAAUUGGAGCUGACACAAUUUCUAAACAAGAGAGAAGGGAGGCUAUAAUAGAUGGUCUAUUCGACCUGCCAAAUAAAAUCAGGGAGGUACUGAAGCUUGACCAGGAAAUGAAAGAUCUUGCGAAACUAUUGAUCGCUGAACAGUCACUUCUCGUCUUCGGGAGAGGAUACAAUUAUGCAACUGCUUUGGAAGGUGCUCUAAAAGUGAAGGAAGUUGCACUUAUGCAUAGUGAGGGGAUACUUGCCGGUGAAAUGAAGCAUGGUCCAUUGGCACUAGUUGACGAAUAUCUCCCCAUUGUUGUGAUUGCUACUCGUGAUGCUUGCUUCAGCAAGCAGCAGUCGGUUAUUCAGCAACUACGUGCCCGCAAAGGGCGCUUGAUAGUAAUGUGUUCAAAAGGAGAUGCUGCAUCAGUGUGUCCUGGAGGCGGUUGUCGAGUAAUUGAAGUUCCUCAGGUUGAGGACUGUCUUCAACCUGUGGUUAACAUAGUUCCAUUUCAGUUACUGGCAUAUCAUCUCACCGUGUUAAGGGGAUACAAUGUCGACCAGCCUCGGAAUCUUGCAAAGAGCGUGACCACGCAGUGAAGAAUGCUUGAAAUACACAUUCUUUUUCCUCUUAUUAAUUUCUGAAUUAAAGCAAGGAUGGUUUUAUCAUUAUAUGCUGAUGGUCUGAAAUAACAAUCUAACGGUUCUUCAGAGAGAAAGUGGUAUGUUUAGGGACAUAAUGUUUGAUGAAAUGCCUCAACCAAAAGUGCAACAAUUUCUUUUCUUGAGUUCAUACAAGGCCAAAAGCAGCAGCAGGGAGAAUGUUCGAGUUCAUAUAAGUCCUUGUUUAAGGCUAUGAUAAAAUCAGGUUACUUGAUAUUAGUAAUUUCCUAUAGAUUUAGGAACGAGUUGAGAAUCUAUAUUUGUUGGAGAGCACCCAC